AUGACGAGUCGUGGUCCGAAUAAUCGUCCGCCAGAAAACGACAGCAAUGGGAAUGGAAACAACUUUGAGAGGAACAAAUUUAGACAAACAAUGCCAUCGCGUUUCAAUCCGAUUUCUCCUCCUGAUCAUCGCAAUCAACGUUAUCAAAACCACCCGAAUUCUCCCACACAAAGCUACGUUUCUACUGCUACGACCUAUGAACAGCCAUGGAGUUCUCCAAAGUUUCAAGCUCCCGCAACGCCACGAGAUGAUCAGCCACGCUUUCGAAGAACUCACUCAAUGGCAGCGAAGAAAUUCGGAGGAGGAGGGCAGAAAGGUGUCAAUGAGAAAUCAGAAGAUGAUCAAAAAGUCGAUCGACCGAAGAUCAAUUUCAUGGAACUCGGCAAAAAAUUCACAAAUAAAUUCAAGAAAAACAGAAAUAGGAAUAAUGAUCAGAGAAACAUCGAUCGGAUGUCUGCUCCAAUUAUCAAAUUAGGGGAUGCCCCGUCUACUUCACAACCACAGCUUCAAACAACUGCUUCUCCAAGUCCAACAAAAAAGAAAAAUGCGAUCAAAGGAUCGACGAGUAUGAAGAUGCAGCCAGAGGAUCGAAUGAAAAUGUUUCAAAAAAUGGGUCGAGAACAAGCGAUGAAAGUGAGCAAUGUACAACGAAUGCAACGAGAGCGUCAACGGGACUUUUCACUUGUUCCAGGACCAGGAAGGGCUUGUUUGGAAGUAAAAAAUCCAGGAUCAAGUCACUCAAUUGACAGUAUGCUCGUUUUCAACACAACACCCGAUUCCAGAAGAAGCACAUCACUUUCGAUGACGGAUGAUGACGUGGAACCAGUAUUUAAAAACUCGCUGACUAACAAGAACAUCACGAGCGCACAAUUUAAAUGUCAGCAGAAGUUAUCAAGCGGCCCGAGUUUCACAAGUACUCCAAGAUUGAUAGGAAACACGAGCCUUCAAGCAGAUUCUCCGACGAUUUCCAACGUUAGAAGUCUGUCCAAUUCAUCGUUUUGUCUGUUAACUUCCGAUGACACUACUGUAAAUCGUGCUGAUUCAACGAUGUACUUCUCAGCAGACACAUUGAAUGCGAAACCACCAAACUUCAGAGUUCCAAAUAACAUUCCCGAAAGAUCGAUGACUGAUGUAUCAUUAGCUUCAACAGCUUCUACACCUACUGCCACAUCAUCGUCUGUCACUUCAUCCGGUGCCACCUUAUCGUCUACCUCAUCAAACCCGCCAGUGUCAAUAAAAAAGGUCAAACAAGAAAUCGUUGAGAACGAAGAUCAAUCCAAUUAUCCAAGUUUUUCAUCACCGACGCCGACAUCAGAUUUGGAAAGCUUAACUCAAAAUCAGCAAAAACAACUACAAAUGCAACAAAACAAUCAGCCAGAGCACUUGAAUAAUCUUUGGGUUGUUUCAAAAGAGAUUCGAGACAAUCAACUGCAACUUGAACGAGCUCUUCCUCAUUUGGAAACAAUGAGAAAUCGAGCAAUGGCAAUUGAUCAGCAGAAGAUGUUGUUGCUUGAGUCGAAAGGAGAUAAUCCUUCGAAUGAAGAUAUGCGUCGUUUGUGGGAUCUCGAUCGCGAAUUCGUCCGUGUCAACAACGAAAUGUCAAUGGCCUCAAUGGCAAUUUCGAACGCAAAUCAACUUCUACCUUUUCUCGAAAUGCGUCGGAAUGAGCUCCUUUCAUUAUCUCCACCACCACAAGUUUCAUCUCAAAAUAAUUUUCAAACAGUCGUUGGAGUCACCGAGGAGAUUGCUCCAUUUGCUAACGAUGUGCUCGGUUUGGAAGUAUCUUCUUGUGAGAACAGAGAUGAAGCAGAUGGAAGCCUGGAAAAUAUAUUAUACAUACAUUACAAAACAACUUUAACUGAAUACGUCUACUGUGAAACAUUCACUCACUUCCUAUGUGUCUUUGGACUAUCCAACGGCUUCGAUGCAUCUGGCACUGACCAUUUCUUGGCAGUUGCUGAUCCAACUGAUCCACCAUUGGAUCCAUUUGUUCCGAUCCCACAUCCGCUAUCCGAUGAACCAUUACUUGUAUUAGAUUUCGAAUCAACCGCAUCUGACUUUGCUUGUGUCAUUUUGCGCGGCGGAGGCGGAGCUUGUGGAAUAUUACUGAUUGGUGGAGCUGGUGGAGCUGCUGUGGCGGAACCAGCACUAGUACUCGAACUUUGGGAAGCUCGUCGUUGUUGUUGA